AUGAGUUCCGAACCACUUAUAGUCAACGAAGUGUUAGCAUUCUUGAAGCAUGCUGUCAUUGACCGUCGGUUGGACAAUGCCAGCAUCUUGCAUACCUGCAAGUCCGCCUUCACGACUGAAGAUGCAAACCUUGCAAGGUACCUACUGUUCAAGGCGGUUGGGAAAUAUAACGACAUUCCGUGUCGCUGGCCAGACAGCACCGAGAAUAUUCUGAAGGAUAUUAUUAUCUUGAUGAAGAAGAUUAGCCUGAAUGACUUGCCCAUUUUCGUGGCAAAGGACCUGUCCAAGUUACCUCCACCCAUCACGGUGGAUAUUGCCAGGGCUUUUGAGGAUAUCACAUCCCUGAAAGACAGCAUGACCGAGCUGAAAACAAAAUUGGAGGAGUCAAAUAACACCAUUUGUGACCUGCGUGCCGAGGUAGUUCAGUUACGCAGCGCUGUUUCAGUGAGUAAGUCACCUGAUACUUCCAUCGUGAACGAAGAACGUAAAGCAGAAAGUGCUGCAACCAGCACUGAAUCCGCGGUGGCGAGUGUGUCACCAGGUGAACCUGAAAGCGCAGCCUCGGAUACCGCUGCCGCCAGCACUACCACACCGGUGCAGGAACAGGCACGCGACACGUUGAAUGCAAAUCGUGCCUAUGCACAUGUCGCGGCCGCUAUCGAAUCGGUAUCAUCACAGAAAAAGAAAGUGGUCCAGGCAAAGCGGGACCAAGCAAACCAGACGAGUUCGAAAAAGGACACGAACAACACGUUGACCGCAAAUGUUGCCAAUGCAGAAGUAGCCCCCGCCAGCCAGUCGGUAUCAAAGCAGAAGAAGAAAGUGGUUCAACCAAAACAAGACCAAGUAACCCAGAUGAGUUCGAAAGAGGAGACAUGCGACGAUGAUGGUUUCAUCAAGGUGGAAAAGAAAAAGAAGAAGAAGCCUGUUUACCGUAACCAGUGUGGUACCCUUCCGACGGAGCCCGACAUGGUGCUGCGGCCAGCAACACCCACGACGCAGCUGUACGUGUCCCGCCUGCAUCACUCCACGAAGGUAGAGGACCUCGUGGAGUACAUAAAAUGGCAGACACACUGGACACUGAGAGUCGAGAGGCUGGAGUCGCGCUACAAGAUGAACUACAAGUCGUUCGUGGUGCGGGUUCCAUCAGAUUCUCUGGAUACCUUCCUCAAGGAAGAGUUCUGGCCGAAGGGUGUCGUGUAUCGCCGUUUCCGUGGCCGGCUACGCGACACCAGUCAGCGCGAGACGACGCCGACUCUUAGUGUACACUAG